CCAGACGUCGAUGAGUCAACAUGUCGAUUGUGAGUUGAGGUGUGGGUGCAGACUUGCGGAGCUGAAGUGUAUUCAACGGUACGGCCUAUCUCGUGACCGACUGAUGUGUUAAUUCUAAUGACUGAUCGAUGCUACGUGGAUUUGGUUGCAUGUGACAAGCACUGGCUGCAUGAAACAGGCUAUGUACGCUUAACACUUGUUUGUUCAACAGUACGGGCAUGCAGACGAUGGGUGUUCUCCGCAAAGGCUUUGCCAGCCGGAAGCUGUACUCCUUUGUUUUAGUUGUGGUUGUUGUUUUUUACCUGCUUGUGUGGCAUAACGGAGGUUGGAUAGUGAACAGAACAAGGUUAGCCCAGUCAAUUAGAGAUGGUGCCGACGUACAGGAUUUUACUGUGUGCAGUUCGGCAUUGGACAGUACUAGUCCAACUAGCAGAAGGGACGAGGCUGACCUGCAGAUGAAACUCCACCAGUGCGCCCGCUACAUUAGCAAGCUUCUUACGGAAAGUGAGGGGAUUAGGAGUGCCGUACAAGAGGUUGACUCAUUCUCUAAAUUGCAGCCCUGGAUCCAAGGAAAUACCUGCCAAAACGAAGUGAGGCAAAGGUUUGAAAAUGGUACCCAUGGUGGCCAUCCUACCAACGAAUGUCGACUGAGCAACUGUUUUGAUUACUCGCGAUGUCCUUUAAAUUCAGACUUUUCAGUAUACCUUUAUCAAGGUCUUGGAAAGUUGUCAAAUGGUAUUGAAAAGGUCAUGACAGUUAAUCCGUACUAUACUUCCGAUCAAAAUACUGCCUGCGUAUUUUUAGUUCUGGUCGAAGGAUCCAGUGGAAAUGGAUUGAGCCCUACAAAAUCUGUAGGGGCGAGUUUCUCAAAGCUGCCAUCUUGGAAAGGGACAGGACAAAAUCACGUCCUCUUAAACUUAGCAAGGAACGUGUCUUCCCACAAUGUUCUCCAAACUGUCAGCAGUAGCCAUGCAAUCGUUGCACAGUCCAAUUUUGAAGUGUCACAGUUUCGGCCGGGCUUUGAUAUUGUCACCCCGAUGCUUCUGGGGACAGAUGCCACCUUUGACUGGCAUGGAACACCUCGGCUGACACCGGCCAAGAGAAAAUACCUACUGUCAUUCCAGGGUGUUCAGUUACCACACAGGACUUCUCCUUUUAGAGACAGCAUCCAUGAUGCUAUCCAGAGUUUGAAGACAGUGUACAGAAAUCAAGUUUAUAUUGACCUCAGUUGCCCACAAAUCCUUGCUGACCGUGACUUUGUGUAUCCUUCGGAAUGGUGGAUGUGUGACAAUAAUGAGAAGAGAGCUGAAAUUCUGAGACAGUCAACGUUUGCGUUGAUUAUAGCCCCCACUGACAGGAUCUUGUCCUCGACAAUGCUGCAGGCGAGACUACACGAAGCCUUGAGGCAAAAUGUUGUGCCCGUCGUCUUAGGGGAACAGGUUCGACUCCCGUUUGCCGACUUCAUCGCAUGGGAAAAGGCAGUGAUAAUCUUGCCUAAGGCUCGAGCAAAGGAAAUGAUCCAUUAUCUCUCGUCUAUCCACGAGAGCGACAUACUGGCCUUGCGCCGCCAGGGGUGGUUCCUAUGGACGACGUACCUGAGCUCCACUGAAGCGGUCAUGAACGGUAUCCUAGCGACACUUCGCACCAGAUUGUCGCUUCCUCCAAGACCUAUUCCGGCAACGCCAAGCCAAGGUUUAACUCGAAUAGAUGUUGGGCCAACCCAGAAACGCUCUUCAUCGUCUACAAAAUACCUACGGAACUCUUCGUACCUGAGCUGGGCGCGGGAGCCUUCCUGGAACUCAUUCCCUGGGCCUUACCAUCUUUAUCCCAGCACGCCCUUAGAACCUGUUCUUCCCUCUGAUGUCUACUUCGAACAGGCAGGGAAAACCUUUGAGCCAAUUAGUAAAGGCACCAGGAAAACUGGGGAGGCGUUCCGAAAGUCACUUGGGGGCAAUUCGCCGAUUGAGCAGUUCACCGUCAUCAUUAUGACUUACGACAGAGAACCUCAGCUGAUCACACUCCUUAGCCGGCUUCAGGGGCUGCCCUACAUGAACAAGGUUUUGAUAGUGUGGAAUCACCCAAAGCCUCCGUCUUCAUAUGCAAAGUGGCCGAAACAACGGGUACCUAUGCAGAUUAUCCUACAGGCGAAGAAUAGCAUGAACAAUCGGUUUCUUCCGUUUGACGAGAUCGAAACGGACGCCAUUCUUUUCCUGGACGACGAUGUCCACAGACUGACGCAUGACGAGAUUGAUUUAGCCUUCAGAGUAUGGCGCGAGAACCGGGACCAGAUUGUGGGUUUUCCUGGCCGUAACCACGCAAUGGAUGUGAACAACGAGAACUUUAGAUAUGACGCAGAAAAGUCGUGUGAGGUGUCAAUGGUGCUUCCCCAGGCAGCCUUUUUACACAAGUACUACAACUAUGUUUACUCUUACGUAAUGCCACAAGCCAUCAGAGACCAUGUAGACAAAACCAUGAACUGUGACGACAUCGCUCUGAAUUUCUUGGUUUCUUUUGUGUCAAGAAAACCUCCCAUUAAGGUUGGUGGCCACUCAGACUUUCCAUGUGUAAAUUGCAAGAGUGCGAUUUCUGCUCACAAGUCUCACUACACCAAGCGCACUCAGUGUGUCCGGUACUUCGGCGAGAUCCUCGGAUACACACCACUACUCUAUACGCAGUACCAAGCUAACUCUAUCAUGUACGGACAAGGAAACAAAGAACCUACCUGCUACAAGGAAGUGUAAACCCCUCGGCUAAUCGAUAAGUGUUUCUUAUUGCAAUGUACAUAUAUAACUAGUUGGGUGACCAGUGUCUUAGAAUACGUGUAGCUAACAUUGUUCUCAUCCCACAGUGGGAACAAAAGAUGGCAUGUUGGUGCUUUAACCAACAUGCCGUCUCUCGUUUAAAAAAGGGUGUCAUCUGUUAAAAACAGAGACAUGCUUUACUGCGAGCGGCUCUCGUGCAAGAAGGUUGUGCGAUCUCAGUUGCAGGCGUGUCAAAAAUGCGAUCUUGUCUAAAAUAACAUUUUAAAAGUUUGAAGGGGAAACAAAGUACAAAUACCGGGAUGAAAAAUUAAAAUGGGUUAACAAAAUAGUAAAUAACUCAAACAACAAUAUUGGCGAAUUCCGCUGAAAAUAUAAGGCAGAACGUAGAACCUGCAACAUAAAAAAGUUGCAAAUAAACCCAUGAACGUUCCCAGCUGUAUACAGAGGGUGCUUCAAUACAUCAUAGACUAUAAGACCAUGCAGGGACCUAUGUGCAGGGUGCUUAAGUGCAUCAUAGACUAUAAGACCAUGCAGGGACCUAUGGGAAUCAUAUAUUGCGAAAAUCCUUUGGUCUGUCUGCAUUAGUUGCAGAAAGCAAACAAAAAGGACAAUAAUGCAUGACU